UAGGGCGAGGGCGCCGUGAGCGGGGAACACCUGUGGAUGGCCUCCACCGUCUCAGGGGAAAGCUGCUACCUCGGCGAAGCGGAAUGCCAGAAACUCGGUACCCGUAUGAGAUGUUCAGCGUGCCGUAUCAUCGCGCACCAAGGGUGCAUCGACAUCCUGCUGGACCGGCACCCGUUCGCGUGCAAGCCGACCUUCCGCGACGUGGGCGUGCGGCAGUACCGCGAGCAGACCGUCACCCACCACCACUGGGUGCACCGCCGCAACGAGAAGGGCAAGUGCAAGGCUUGCGGCAAGUCAUUGCGGCGCCGUUGCUGCUGGGGGUGCACGCAAUCGCAGAACUCUGUAGACACGGCUAAUGAGAUAAAUCAUGACUCGGAGAUUGCACUGCAACCGAAACUGUCGUUUAGCUCGAAAGAGAUCGUGGCCCUGAGUUGCUCGUGGUGCAAGGACGCCUACCACAACAAGGAAAAUUGCUUCAAUCUGCAAAGAAUAGGAGAGCAGUGUUCGCUCGGUUUACAAUGCAAUAUAACCGUCCCACCGUCGUGGAUUGUCAAACUACCAAGAAGAGGCAGCUUUAAAUCAUCACUAAGAAAAUCUCCGAAGAAGAAAAACGCCUCUAAAAAGAGUGGAAAGAGUUCCAAAAACGAGCAAAAAACAUUUGUAAUCAAACCGAUACCUGCUGAAAACAUGAAACCGGUGUUGGUGUUCAUCAAUCCGAAGAGCGGCGGCAACCAGGGCGCCAAGCUGCUCCAGAAGUUCCAGUGGCAUCUGAACCCUCGACAAGUGUUUGACCUCACGCAGGGAGGGCCGGGCCCGGGGUUGGAGUUGUACCGCAAGGUGCCGAACCUGCGCAUUCUGGCGUGCGGCGGCGACGGCACCGUGGGCUGGGUGCUGAGCGUGCUCGACCGCAUCGGCACGCGGCCCGCCGUGGGCGUGCUGCCGCUGGGCACCGGCAACGAUCUUGCCAGGGCGCUCGGCUGGGGCGGGGGUUACGUAGACGAGCCAAUCUCUAAGAUCCUGAAGAACAUCGGUGAGAGCGACACGGUGCUGCUGGACCGCUGGGAGUUGAAGGUGGAGCCGAACCCCGUGGCUGCGGCCAGCUGUUCCAGCGAGGACAUGAGCACAGCCAAGUUCGACCUGCCCCUUAACGUCGUCAACAACUACUUCUCCUUCGGGGUCGACGCCCAUAUCGCCCUCGAGUUUCAUGAAGCGAGAGAGGCGCACCCGGAGAAGUUCAACUCGCGGAUAAGGAAUAAGCUGUUCUACGGCACGGCGGGCGGCAAGGACCUGAUGCUGCGCAAGUGGAAGGGGCUGGCGGACUGCAUCCAGAUGGAGUGCGACGGCAGGGACAUCACGCCCCAGCUGCGCGACCUCAGAGUGCAUGCCAUUGUUUUUCUAAACAUUCCAAGCUACGGGGGCGGCACGCACCCAUGGACCAAGUCUCGGGGAGUCCACGAGCCCUCCACCGAGGACGGGUACAUCGAGGUGGUGGGACUGACCACAUAUCAAUUGCCUCUGCUGCAAGCGGGCGCGCACGGGACCUGCAUCACGCAGUGCAGGACGGCGAGGAUCGUGACGACGCGGGUGAUCCCGAUGCAGGUGGACGGCGAGGCGGCGCGGCUCGCGCCCUCCGUCAUCACCGUGUCAAGGUUCAACCAGGCCAUCAUGCUCGCCAAGAAAAAAGCCGGACGCGUCAAUGCACUUCAAAUGAAGUUAGACAAACUUUCUCUCACCGUGAAUCUCAUUACGAUGGAUGAUUACGAACGUUAUCAUUAUGAAAAGGAAGUACUCGCACAGACAGCGGAAACUCUGGGCGUUUUAGAAGUAAACCCUGCCGCGGAUUUGGAGCUAAUGCGCGUACUCAUUCAAAGCUUGAUCAAAGAAUCCGAAGCGCACUCGACCCUUGACGACUGGUGGUUUGUCGACUCGGUAACAGCGGAGCGGUUCUUCCGAAUCGAUAAAGCCCAAGAGCACCUGCAUUACGCGACGGACAUCGGGAACGAGAACAUCUUCAUCCUGGACCCGGGGCCGCCGACGCCCGACGAGGAUUCGACGCCGCAGCCCGACACCACCACGUCGCUGGAUCGCUCCGGGCCCUCCAUGUCGCUCGAGACCUCCGCCGGCCUCUCCGUCUCGCUCGACAUCUCGCAGAGCGUCGACACGCCGAGCGCGGGCGUGUCCUUAGACGUUCCUGAAUCUCAUGCUAGCGAAUCUGGUCUGGGCAGUGCGGGCCGCACGGAAGAAAUGCUGACUCCUCAAACGCCCCCGCCCUCUUAUCCCGCGCCUUCAACCCCUAAAAGCAAAGCCCCGCAACCUCCGAAACGUGCCCCUACACCGAAGGUUCAACCACCUCCUACCCCUAAACACUCGGCAUCGAAAGCGUCAGCCUCGGCCCAGGAAUCUAUCUCGCCACCACUGUGCACUAGCCCCCUAUCCAAGGACAACCCUCCAUCCAAAGAUGCUAUCGCCCGAUUCAAAACCAUUCAUGAAAAACUUUUUGGACUUGAUCAGGAAGUGUUUGGCUAUAGAAACUUAUUGGAGAAAACUUCAGAGGCUCUCCUGAAGGCCGCAAAACUUGGAGAUUUGAAAAUGUUGAAGGAGCUGCACGCGGCGGGCUACUCGCUGCUGUCGAUCGACGCCAGCGGACAGACCGCGUUGCACGUCGCCGCCCGCUGCGGGAACAAGGAGAUCGUCAAGUACCUGAUCGCGAGCGCGCCCACCGCCAUCCUCAACAUGCCCGAUAACGAGCGCGGACAGACGGCGCUCCACAAGGCGGCGGCGAACAAGCGGCGCGCCGUGUGCUGCAUGCUGGUGGCGGGCGGCGCCAGCCUGACGCACGCCGACCACGCCGGGCUCACGCCGCGCCACCUGGCGCUGCACGCCGAGGACCUCGACCUCGCCGCCUACUUGGAGAGUCAGGAGCACUUUCAACUAGUGUCGGGAGACCUGGAAACACCAGUUUGAAAUAAUGUAGUUCGCGGCGGAGGCGCGCGCGCGGGGGGCGGGGCGGGGCGGCGGCGGAACGCUACGCGCAUUGGAAAUAAUGCGUGAUAUGUAGAUAUCAAUUUGCAUU